CAGAGAGAAGAGCACCUGUCGACAUGCUUUGUCCAUUAAUUGGAAUGGUUCUACAUUUGGAUGAGCGACCUUCAUUCAGCUUUCACCCAUGGUCUUCCAUGAUCGGGAUAUGUGCAAUCACAGUUUUUCUCAAUGCAGGUGGCAGCAUGGGGAUGCGGCUGACUUCCACUGGUCCCCAGACCGUCCAGAGCGCCCAAGGGGAGCCAAUGACCCUGGGGUGUACAUACACACCUGAGCCCUCGGACACUGGAGAGCUGGAUAUUGAGUGGUCAGUGGUCAGCCCAGAUACCACCCAAAAUGACCAACUGCUGUUGUCCUAUGCAGGUGGGAAUAAGUACAUCCAUGGUAACCCUGGUCUAACUAAGGGGCUGGACUUUGCUGCUGGCGACCCUUCCCUGGGUGAUGCGUCCCUCUCUAUCACUUCCCUGUCACCAGCCCAUUCUGCCACCUACCAGUGUAAAGUCAAGAAGUCACCGGGAGUGGACAUGCGGAAAGUGUCCCUGGUCGUGAUGGUGCGUCCUUCGGUGCCUAAAUGCUGGGUGGAGGGUGGGGAGGCGGUGGGGGAGACUGUCUCCCUGCACUGCAAGUCAUCCCAGGGGUCCUCUCCCCUCAACUACGCAUGGAAGACAGAAAGAGGAGGUCCCAUCCCACCCUCAGCCACACAGAACCGUGUGACGGGGGAGUUGUUGAUCAGCAAUCACUCUGAGAGCUUUGUGGGAAUCUACAUGUGUGAGGUGACCAAUGCUGUGGGGGACGAGAGGUGCAGAAUCAAUCUGACAGCUAACAAACCCCCUAACAGAGCAGGCGUGAUAGUGGGUACUGUGGUGGGUUGUCUACUGCUCAUCAUCAUUCUGGCGAUACUCAUCUGCCUCCUCAUCUACAAGUGUGAUGCAAGGUUCACACACGAUGAGAAGGAAGUGUCCAACGAUAUCAGGGAGGACGUCACAGCCCCAGAGAGCCGACCACACAGCCGAGGCACCAGCCGGGGCACAAGCCUCCACCCUGGGGUAGCCUACAGCCAGGUGGGCAUGCAACAGACGGGGCACUCACACCGAGAACACACACACAUCCCAUCCACCAGCACUGGAUACACACCUGUAAAAUAUGACAGCAGAUACGGCUACGCUGUAUGAUUGGAGAGAAAGUGGAGGGGUCGAAAACUUUUAAAUGAUGACAAUCGUGUUUUGCAGGCUGAAAUGAGGUACAUUCCCUAUUGUGACUUUGAAAGGCAUAUCAUCAGUGGGUUUAAUCAUAUAAAAAAAACGAUUUCCUGAAAGACCAUGAUAAUUAAUUUGAAAUUAAUACUGUUGAUAGAUGUUGCUUUGGCAUUGGAGUGAGAUAAUAAGGGAAUACAGCAAAGGAAGCAGAAUACACAGUUCUUUAUUCUCCAAAUUAGUUUCUAAGUCAUAUCAAAGCCACAGUGUAAGUUUUCCACUAAUUUCAAUUUUCAUGUAAUAAAAUAUACCAUUUGAUUUAGCAGAAUAUUAUAAUACCUUAAUGGGAUUGGUAUGACUUUACCUUAUCAUAAAUAAAAAACCAA